AUGGUGAGUGGAAAUUACACCACAACAUCUGGAUUCAUCCUCUUGGGAUACUCCAACCUCACAAACCUGCAGGGUUUGCUCUUCAUGGUCUUCUUGAUCAUCUACAUGGUGAUUCUGAUCGGGAAUGGUGUCAUUGUCUUUGUCACAAUGCUGGACUCCACCCUGCACACCCCCAUGUAUUUCUUCCUCAGGAACUUAUCCUUUGUGGAGAUCUGCUACACCUCAGUCACCCUACCCAAGAUGGUGGCCAAUUGCCUGGCAGAGGAUGGAAAAAUCUCAUUCAUCGGCUGUGCUGCCCAGAUGUAUUUCUCACUUUUAUUAGGUGGUACAGAGUGUUUUCUACUGGCAGCCAUGGCCUUUGACCGCUACGUUGCCAUAUGUAACCCCCUGCAUUACACACUUAUUGUGAACAGUGAGGUCUGUGCUAGCAUGGUAGCCGGGUCCUGGUUUGUCAACAUCCUGGCACAUUUUGGACAGACGUAUUUGGUAUUUUCUUUGCCCUUCUGUGAGUCUCGUGAAAUUAACCAUUUUUUCUGUGACAUCCCCCCUCUGCUGGAACUGUCCUGUGUGGACACCUUCAGGAAUAAAAUAGCUGUGUUUAUUGCAGUUCUGCUAUUCAUAAUCACCCCUUUUUUCUUCAUUGUUAUUUCUUAUAUUAAAAUCGCCAGCACAAUUAUGAAGAUGCCUUCAGCCCAGGGCAGAUGCAAGGCCUUCUCCACCUGCUCCUCACACCUCACUGUAGUAACUCUAUUCUAUGGCUCUGCUAUGAUUGCGUAUUUAAAACCCAAAUCAAAGGGUUCAGUGGACACUGACAAACUGCUCUCUCUGUUUUAUACCAUUAUGACGCCAAUGUUUAACCCCUUCAUAUAUAGUCUGAGGAACAAGGAAGUGAAAAUUGCCCUAAGGAAAAUAUUAAGUGGAAAAUGA